UUGUUCAUUUCUCAAGCGCUCAAAAACAAAGCAAGUUUUUGUUUAUGUUUGUGCUGAUAUUAUCUCAUUUGUUUAGAUCAGAGAGAAUUUUGCAAUCUUUAUUUUUAAAGGCAACAGAAUGAAUAUGGAGAAUUCGGAGGAUACUCGUGUAAAAUGCGAAAUGUGUGAUAAAAGUUUUAAGACAAAAAAGAUACAAGUGAAACACUUGCGACUUGUUCACGGUGUUUCAUCAGAAAAAUCAAAAACUGUUCGAUGUAUCGAAUGUUUUUUUUUCUUCAUUUUUUAGUGUUGAAAAUUACAGACAACAUUUAUUUUUUGACCACGACGUAGCAAAUGCACAUGAAAAAGUCAUUUUAAAGUUUUACGUCUAUGGAAGGUGCUUUAGCUGACAGAACUAGCUUGAAAAUAUAUGAAGAUAUUCAAAGUGAUAUUUUCUGCUUUCGUAGAUUAAAUGCUACGCACCAGAUAGGCUGUUCUUCUCAUAAAAGUGGAAAUGUUGGUGUAUUAUAUGUGCUGGACACAGAUGAAGAAUUUGAAAAUAUUACAAGUGAUCCACCUCCGAUGCCUUUUGUUGUAGCCAUGCCAAUUAAUUUAUUUAAUAUGCGAAAUAUGAAAAAAAUAAAGUUGUCUGAAAAGAUAAGGGGAGUUUUGAUUUUCAAAUCCAGGAAAUUGCCUCCAGUAAAAAGCUUUUCUCCAGAUCAGUCAUGCCCCAACAGAAAUUAUGGUUUUUACACAGAGAAGAUGAACCAGCAAUAUGCAGCAUGCAAUAAAACAGAAUGGAAUCGCCUUCCUGAGAAUGAAGCCCUAGGUAUGAUGUUUGAAGAUUGGGGAAUGCCUAUAUUCAUUAUCACCAAUGAAUCUAAUAUACAGAGUAUAAGAAAUUGUUUUGAAAAAUUCAAUAAUGGUACAAUGAAGGAUUGGCCUCUUUGCUCUGUUCAGAUGACAAGUGUUAUGUUGGCUGCUAAGGACAGCAACACGUGCAUGCGACGUAAUAAGCUUGUUGCUAAUCUGAAUGAAGUUAAAACAUGUGAUCCUUUAAGUGACAAAAACAUUUUGACUUCAUUAUUUCCAACUAACAAAAGUGAAGAAAUUAGAAAUAAAUCUGUCAUAAUAGUGGGAGCUAGGUUGGAUGCUUUUUCUAUGUUUGAUAAAUUAGCUCCAGGGGCUCAUUCCACAGUCACUGGCUUGGUGACUCUGUUAACGGUAGCCAAAAAUAUGGCUGAUUUGAGGGAAGAAAUUCUGAAAAAGAAAGGUCCCAGCCCUGAUAGAAAUGUCCUAUUUAUCAUCUUUAAUGGAGAAGCAUUUGAUUAUAUUGGCUCCAGUCGAGUGGUGUUUGAUAUGCAAAAAGGUGUGUUCCCAGUUCGUCUGUUCGAUGGCCUCAGAGAUCAGCCUGCUCUGAUCGACUUGAAUCACAUUUCUCACUUCAUUGAACUCAGCCAGUUAGCUCCAGAAGACCCCUCAGUUUCUCUGUGGCUUCACUCAGAUCCAGUGUCUGUUAAAAAAAGUGAUGCAGUUGCUAAGGAGGUUAAACACAUCGUAAAUUUGUUUCAAAAUGAAGCUGAGAAAGUUAAAAACUUAAAAAUUUCUGAAGCUCCUCCUGAUUUACCACUUCCUCCAGCAUCUUUCCAGAGUUUCUUGAGACAGGACAGUUCAAUUCCAGGCAUAGUGCUUGCAGACCAUGAAGAAAAAUUCAUUAACAAAUUUUACAACAGCAUUUUUGAUUCAAAUGAAACAUUGGACACUACUGCAUUAAAAGAUACUCUUGCACGUAUUGCUACUGUUGUUUCGGGAUCCUUGUAUGAGCUUCUUACUGAUGAAAAACUAGAAACACCUGUAAAAACUGAUAUAGAUUUGGUUGAUGGAUUACUAGAAUGUUACUUGAGAAAUGCUUCUUGUGGCUUAUUUAGACAGAUUGCUGAUCCACUGAUGACAGAAAGAUUACGUGUUGAGCCGUAUCCACUCUAUGUGAGCGUUGACAGCGGGGGACAUACCAAAGCAAAUGCUAUAACUCUGUAUACUCGUUACUUAUUGGCUUACUUAACAGGCAUAGGAGUACCCGAUCGGGAUAGGAAGAAUUGUAGUGGAGAUUCUCAAAAUCAGAUUUUUCACUAUGAUUGGAUGGCUGGAUCGGAACCAAAUGCAAGUGGGAUAUGCAUAAAAUCUACGGUCAUGUAUAGUAUGGCUCAGUCUCCAGCUUAUGUUUUGAAUGAUUGGAAAUCCACAGAGUAUUCAACCUGGACCGAAAGUGUAUGGCUUGAGACAUCUGCAAGAAUUUUCCUCCAACCGGGAAAGACGCAAGAAGCAAUCACUUUGAUUACUGGCAUUAUAAUAUUUUUUAUCUCGAUCACUUCUGUCUAUUUUGUGAAUGAACGUUCCUCAAUAAUUUUUAACACAAAGCCUCUUGUGGGAUGCUAGGAUUUUGCCACAAAUCACAUAGCUUUGGAUGAAUUUGGGAUGGAUAAUGACACCCAUUGUCCACCACCGGCAGAGCUUUGAAUUACUUCUUCUGUUUGAGAUGCUUUAGUACCUUUGUCAUUAUGUUAGGAUCAUGUGUCAUAACUGCUAAUGUGUGCAUAUUUACAUGCAUAUAUAUCUAUAUUACAUUUAUUAUUAGCGAGUCAUUUCAAGCUACAUUAUACAGGGUGUUUGUAAAAAGUGGCGACAUGCUUUAUUUCCUUCAAAAUUCUUCAAAGCCAGGAUUUGAUAAAAGCAAUCUCAACAUUAAAUUGGAGGAUACUUAUGUGAUCUGGAGCAAUUUUGCUUUUUAUAUUGUGUUCAUACAGUAGAAAUUCCUUUGCUUUGUUAUUUCAGCACCUUUAUGUUUAAGAAAUUUAUUUUAAAAAAUGAGUAUUUUGAUUUGGCUCAUUAUUUCAUUUUAGUACAAAAUUUCGUGAACAAUUACCAAUUUGUAACAGUUUUACAUAGUGAUUCUGUGCAGCACUGUUCCUCUUUACCUGGAAAACCAAAGGAAUAAAAAAAUAGCCGAGAAAAAGAAACAUGUAAUUUUUUUAGAAAAAAUUCAGGGAUGUUGGAUUUAGAAAAGUUUGGGAGAAGAAUCAAUCCUCUGAAAAAAGUUCUUAAUUUAAAUGUUGACUAAUAAAAAAUAUGACUUCUUAAAAGAAAACAAAGAUUUAUUAUUAUUAUUUUUUCUUGUUGAAAUUACUUUGUUGACUUUAUGUCUGAUACAAUAUUAUCCAUCUAUAGCUUUCUCUUCCCCCUUGUUUGAACUGUUGUUUAUUUCUCUUUUUAGAAAUAUAACUCUUCUAUUACCUAUCUCUUAAGAAAUGUAACUCUUCUCUUAUUUACUUCUCAGUAAUGAGGCAGAUAAAUUAGAUUUUUGUAACAAUUAUUUUAAUUUUAUUUUGUAAUAAAUACUUACAGUUAUUUAGGUUUGCUGUUUUUGAGGUGAUCAGACAUGGGUCCCUCUGAGGAGGAGGACUCAUGUCCAGUUGUCUUCAAGAUCAAGUAAAGAUUUGUUCAAAAUCAGAAUCAAGUGAAAGUUCCUUUUUUGCCUAAAUUUAACAUUAAUUAAUAUGUAUCUUUUCUGAUUUGAAUUGUUCAGAUAUUCAUACUAAAUCUGAUAAUUCACCAUGUAUGGUUAGGAAAAUAAUGCAGCUUAUCAUGGAAAAUCAGGAAAAAGAUAGAAUUUCAGUAGAAAACCAGGGCAAAACAAAAGUUACUGAUUGAUGAUAAUGAUCACACUUUUUGUAAGAAAGAUCAUCAUUUAAUUUAUGUGUUAACCUUUUUUGUAUGAAAAUAUUUAAAAUUUUCUCUGCAACAUAUAAUUAGUGUUUCAAAUUACCUUAAUAAUGUUCUGUACAAUAUUUUAAGAGACCCUGAAGUAAAUGUCGAGGAUUAAUGUUUUAGGAAAUAAAGACUAUAGCCAUUAUUUACCAAUACCUAAAAUGAAUUUUUAAUUUUGUUUUUGCUAAAAUAGAAAGAAUGUUAAAAUAAGCCAUAUAAUCAGUAACAUUAAAAGUUGGCAAAAAUGUAAAUAUCUUUGAAUAAUGGAUGUAGCAAGUAAAAAUGCUUAAUAUCUGUAACUAUUUCACCAGCUGAAAGUUGUGUGUUCUGUAUUAGCUAGAAAUUUGCAUACAUUAGGCCUAAAGUAUUUAUUUUGUUUAAAGUUGUAUGUAUUAAAAAAAAAAAUUCUUCAUAGCAGCUAACCUUUCUUUCUUUUCUACCUCAGAAAAUCAUAAAGCUUGUGUGUUUCAUUUGUAUAUAUAUGUGAAUGUUCUACAUCUUCUAGUAGAAACCAGUCGCUAAUAUUGGUUUUAUAUGUCACAUGACUAUUCAGAAGUAUGUUUGUUGAUGAUUUGCUAUUAAAUCUUAAAGAUUUUUUUUUUUGUAAACUGUAUGUGUCACACUAAAAAUUUUUAUUGUUACAAACAAUCAAUUUGAAAAUAACCUAAAAUUCUCUCUCAUUCAUGAACAUCGGGUUAUAUAAUUUCAUUUGUUUCAGAAUUGAAGGACGCUUUAAAAAUUCAUCUUCUAUUUUAAAAAAGCAUCAGAAUUAUAGAAAAAUAAGUUUCAUUUAAAGUCUUUAAAACUAGUGAUAAAAAUAAUUAAAUUUUAGGUCAUAAUUUUUUAUCAUAUAUUAAAAAUCCAUAUUGCUGGAACUUAAGACCUUAUAUUCAUUGUGUAACUGAAUUAACAUUUAAUUUUAUUAUAAAGUUGAUCUUAUGGUAGCAGCACUUUAUAAAUGUUCUAACAUACACUUACUUGUUUAAAUAUUGCUUUUUAAGAUUGAAAUGAAACUGUAUAAAUUUAUUUCUUUUACAAAAACUUUUUAGUCAUUUAUAAUUAACUUUGAGAGUGAAAAAUAAAAUUGUCUUAAAAUGUCUUUGUAUGAAUACUCAAUUGUUUAAGAAAUAAAUUUUUCAUUUUUUUUUUCAAUAAAUAAAAUGAUAAACAUUAUUUCUUUAAAAAAGGACACUUUUUUUUGGGGGGGGGCUUGUUGUUUGUUUACAUAUAUCAUAUUUUGGUUUCUUAGUUUUUCAAAUGAGUAUGUAUCUUUUUAACAAAACAAUAUUAAAAUGUUAAAUCCACAUCCUUGCUGUUAAGGAAAAAGAAGUAAGUUUUGUUUUUAGUUUAGUUUGUGUGCAGAGGUACUGGCAUAUAAACAGACCAAUGGAUAUCAAUCUCAACUGAAUAAUACACCUACAUAGCAUUGCAUUUGAGUACAUUGUAAGAAAUUACUUGUUAUCAAAAUAAAUGCUAAUGUGAUUGUACUAUUACAGCUUCAUCCUAAAGCUCUGUGAUUUGUGGGAUAGAGAAAUUUUGUAUAUUUAUGGCAAUUUGUUUAUUUCAGGAUUAUGAACAGUAUUUCAUCUGUAAUUUAUUGUCAUGAGUAUCUGUAAACAUAUUUAUUUUAAAUUUUGUAAUAAAGUUUUUAUUUGAUAUGACUUA